AUGGCGACCCACUUCUCUCCUGCAACCCCUGUACGCUUCUUCCUCCAACCCACGCAAAACCCUCCCAAAACCCUGCUCUCCGUUCGAGACUCCUUUGGCGGAGGACCGGUUUGUAAGAAAUGCCAGCCCAUAACGGUUAAUGUAUGCUCAUGGAGCUCAGCUGUUAGUUAUGUAGGAUCUCAGGAUGGCUCCAUGAAGUUUUCUGGUAAUCCCAUUGUUGUCAAGAAGCAAUUUUUGCAAAAGAGAGCUGGAACUGUAAGGGCUGCCACUAUUGAAGAAAUAGAAGCAGAGAAGUCUUUGAUAAAAAAGGAUGCUAAAGGAAGGAUGGAAAAGACUAUCGAACUGGUACGGUCCAAUUUCAAUUCUAUUAGGACAGGGAGGGCAAGCCCAGCCAUGCUGGACAAGAUUGAGGUUGAAUACUAUGGAAGCCCGGUUGGCUUGAAGACCAUUGCUCAAAUUAGUUCUCCUGAUGCAAGUUCCUUCUUGGUUCAGCCAUAUGAUAAAUCCAGCUUAAAGGCUAUAGAGAAGGCCAUAGUUAGCUCUGAUCUUGGUUUAACUCCAAAUAAUGAUGGAGAAGUGAUUCGGUUGACCCUACCUCAACUUACAGCAGAAAGAAGGAAGGAAUUGUCAAAAGUAGUGGCAAAACAGACCGAAGAAGGAAAGGUGGCAUUGAGGAACAUCAGAAGAGAUGCUUUAAAAGCUCUCGACAAACUUCAGAAGGACAAAAAGCUCUCCGAAGAUAAUGUCAAGGACUUAUCUAGUGAUUUGCAGAAAUUGACAGAUGAGUAUGUGAAGAAGCUUGAUACCGUCUUCAAACAAAAGGAAAAGGAAUUGCUGAAGGUGUAG